AUGUCAAAUUGAUCAUAGGUCCUUUGGGCAGAAGAACAAGAUAUAAAACAGAGACAAAAGCGAGAUUUCGUAGAUAUCUCUGAUAUACCUCACGAGAGAGUGAAGAGACUUCACGAUUCCUACAUUCCAAUGGAUUUUGAAGAAGUCCAGAGGAAUCUAGAAGAUAGAAGGUUUUUCAAUGACGAACUCUGGAACCACGAAUGGUAUUUGAAAAACACAAGGUCGACCGUCCAAGAACUAUCGGAGAUAGAUCUGAACGUUGUUAAGGUCUACAGGGCGGGUAUCACAGGAAAAAAUGUGAGAAUAAGUGUUAUUGAUGAUGGUUUGGAAUAUACCCAUGAGGAUUUGAGGGAAAACUACGAUCCUGAAAUCAGCUACGACUGCAAUGAAGAAGAUAAUAAUCCAAUGCCUCGUUAUGACGCCGCCAGAACCAACAGUCAUGGUACCAGGUGUGCUGGUGAAAUAGCAAUGGUUGCCAAUAACGAAAAAUGUGGAGUUGGUGUAGCUUUCAAUGCGAAUAUAGGCGGUAUCAAGGUGCUAGAUGGUUUCAUUACUGAUCGACUAGAAGGGACAGCUCUAGGAUACGGCCUAGGACUUAUAGACAUCUACAGCUCUUCUUGGGGGCCUACAGACGAUGGAAGAACAGUAGAUGGACCUGGAAGGUUAGCAAGGGAAGCUUUGAAACGUGGAACCACCCUGGGUCGUGGAGGUAAGGGUAGCAUUUUCGUUUGGGCAUCAGGAAAUGGAGGUGGUAGAAGUGAUAAUUGUAACUGCGAUGGAUACGUUAACAGCAUAUAUACUGUUUCAAUCGGGAGCGUGAAUGAAAGAGGUAUUUUUCCUUGGUAUGGGGAGGCAUGUGCUUCAACUUUAGCAGUGACAUAUUCUUCGGGAGCUCGAAGUGACCAAAUGGUGGUAACUACUGAUUUAUACAACAAUUGUACCAUCAAACAUACUGGGACCUCUGCUUCCGCUCCUCUCGCAGCAGGUAUAAUAGCUUUGGCACUGGAGGUCAAUCCAAACUUGACUUGGAGGGAUGUACAGCAUCUGAUAGUGUGGAGUUCGAAAAUUUUCCCUCUUUUGAAGAACCCUGGAUGGCAAAAGAAUGGCGUUGGUUUGUGGUUCAACACCAGGUUUGGAUUUGGACUCAUCGACGCUUUUGCAAUGGUAGAAUUGGCCAGUUCUUGGGUGACAGUUCCGGAAAAAAGGAUUUGCCUUGUUGAAGUGAUAAGGAAAUCGAUGCAACUACGAGCUGGGCUGCCUUUGUCUGUUCCAGUCUACACCUCCGGAUGUAAGUGGACCGACAAUGAAGUUAAUCAUUUAGAACACGUUGAAAUUAGAACGAACAUAAAAUAUUCCAGGAGAGGUUUCCUGGAAAUUCACCUCACAUCGCCUGAAGGGACUCGCGUACAACUUCUGUCCCCCAGGACUUUGGACGAUAGUCGGGAAGGAUUCCAGAACUGGAGUUUUAUGUCGGUUAUGACCUGGGGCGAGCAUCCACAGGGAGUUUGGAAGCUAAGAAUUCAAGAUGAGGUUGGAUCAUACCUAGACCAAGGGAGUAUUGGCUAUACAGAAAUGAUUCUACAUGGAACAAAAAUCAAACCCCAUCAUAUGGAAUACUGAAAAAUUCUAGCGAAAAAACUGACUAAUCUACGAAAUCUUAUCAAUAGUGUGACUGGUUGUAUUUCAAGGAAAAAUAAAGAAGACUCAUUAUGAUAAAAUCAUUUACUUACAGAUUAUCCAGGAUAUGUACAAUCAAAUCCGUAGAACAUCAUAAUAAAAUAUUUAUGAAAAAUAAGAUUAUUCAACAGGGAUAUAGAAUUGGUGCUUAUAAAUUUCGGAAAUACGUGAGAUACUGUCAAAUAUAAAUAUAAUAGAAAAGUUUUGUACAUUUUACAUCCAUUUCGGUCGAGGAGAACAGGCAGUCUUGGAAAGUUUGGUUUCACAACAUCGCGAUAUAAAUAUAUGAGUGGUUAGUUACUAAUUGACCUAAAAUUGUUGGACCGCUGGUUGAAUUUCAGGGAUUUUUAGAUUUGGUGAAGGAUAUGCUAAUUGAUGGGGAAAAUUCCUUCCAG